AUGUCCUGCCCUCCUUGCGACCGACCGUCAGUCCGGAUCACCGACAAGCUCGCCAAGCUCGAGCUGCACCACUGGAUCUGGAUCGUCGGAGGUGCGCUCUUGAUCAGUUGUUUGAUAGAGGCUGUUGGGCGUUACUUCCCUCAGAUAGCACUCAAGGCAAAGGCCGUCGCCGACGAUCCUAAACCCGCCGAGAACGAAAGGAACGUCUUGGUCCAGUUUGGACCUACCCGUCUGCCUACGUUUGGAGAGGACGAUUGGUUUACCUAUACCGAAAUCAGGGUGGAGGCGUGGUUCAUACGCACAUUCGAAGUGGACCGAGGUCGGGAACAUGCUCCUCUCGUUCAGCAGAUUGACCGAGUUCAGUGCCCCGGGGAUCAUCAGCAAUGUGACCUCUGUCAAGGACUCGUCGGGCUCGACAGCGACAGUCCGGUCGAGGUCGCUCAUCUCGCCGACAGUGUGGUCGCUCCGAGUGACGCGGUUACCGUCAGUCCGGUCGUCUCGGAUCCCGACGUCCUCCCCUCUAUCGAUUCCAACAUCGAGGCAAAGACGCUUCAACCUGCCUCUGCCUCGAACGAGUCGCUCGUGAAGGAGGCGAGGAACGGCGAGGAUGCAACCAUGAAUCGGACGAGGUAUCCGGUUCGAGAUCGGGACCUCAAUAGGGUCGCGGUGGUCCCGAGGAAGCGAAUCUCGGUCGAUCUGGACCUGGACAGCGAUGACGAGGCGCGGGAGGCAAGUGAAGAGAGAUAUGCCAAGCAGGCAAGGAGCAUAAGGAGAAGGGGGUACCUCAACACGGUCGUUGAGACUUGGAGAAAGGGGAUCAGUGAGCCGGACGAGCCUGCACCCAGUCCCAUACCUCGUCCACCGACACCGAGACAGAUGCAAGGGCUGUCGAUCCAUUUAAUGCCCGACACUCUCGAAGGCUGGACUGCUCUCGUCGGAUCGAAAAGGCCGGCCCCUGGUAUCAUCGAUUUGGAAUCGACGAGGUCGCCGGCUGCUCCCGUUCCUCCAGGAUCUGCAACAGAAUCGGCCGACGACAACUCGGCUGACGACAACCCGCCCUCUUCCGCCGUCGACGUCGAAAAAGCCGUGGCGCAGGCCAUGUUCGAAAUUGAGACCUUGGCGCCGAUCACAACGACAUGGGAGUGGAACAACAAAGUCCCGUUCAUCCUUCAGUGUCGUCACGUAUCGGCCCCUACUACGCCUCUCCCCGGGCGUCACCAAGACCGUCGUGUCUCGUUCAAGUCGCUGCUCGACUGGAGUCCGAAGGAGCGCGGUGACGAGGACGUGCUCAUUCCGGCGCUCACCGCCAGCUCGUCCAGUCCGACCACCGGUUUGAGCACACCCUGCACGCGCAUCGAAUUCGGUGUCGAAGCCACAGCGAUGAUCGAGGCGUCGAGGAAGUUGGCCGAGUUUCAGAAGAUGCGACCGAUUUAA